GCUCCUGCUUCAGCCUCUGCUCCCGCUGCUGCCGUGGCCCCUCUCCGCGCGGCCCUCCGCGCUGCGUGCCCGCCGAGCCCGCCGCUCCCCGGCCCAUGUACUGGAAGCAUGAGAACGCCGCCCCGGCGCUGCCCGAGGGCUGCCGGCUGCCGGCCGAGGGCGGCCCCGCCACCGACCAGGUGAUGGCCCAGCCAGGGUCCGGCUGCAAAGCGACCACCCGCUGCCUUGAAGGGACCGCGCCGCCAGCCAUGGCUCAGUCGGACGCCGAGGCCUUGGCAGGCGCUCUAGACAAGGACGAGGGUCGGGCCUCCCCUUGUACACCUAGCACGCCAUCUGUCUGCUCACCGCCUUCUGCCGCUUCCUCCGUGCCGUCCGCCGGCAAGAACAUCUGCUCCAGCUGCGGCCUCGAGAUCCUGGACCGGUAUCUGCUCAAGGUCAACAACCUCAUCUGGCACGUGCGGUGCCUCGAGUGCUCCGUUUGUCGCACGUCUCUGAGGCAGCAGAACAGCUGCUACAUCAAGAACAAGGAAAUCUUCUGCAAGAUGGACUACUUCAGCCGAUUUGGGACCAAGUGUGCACGGUGCGGCCGACAGAUCUAUGCCAGCGACUGGGUGCGGCGGGCACGCGGCAACGCCUACCAUCUGGCCUGCUUCGCUUGCUUUUCGUGCAAGCGCCAGCUGUCCACGGGCGAGGAGUUUGGUCUGGUCGAAGAGAAGGUGCUGUGCCGCAUCCACUACGACACCAUGAUCGAGAACCUCAAGAGGGCCGCCGAGAACGGGAACGGCCUCACGCUGGAGGGGGCAGUGCCCUCGGAACAGGACAGUCAGCCCAAGCCGGCCAAGCGCGCGCGGACAUCCUUCACCGCUGAGCAGUUGCAGGUUAUGCAGGCGCAGUUCGCGCAGGACAACAACCCCGACGCACAGACGCUGCAGAAGCUUGCGGACAUGACGGGCCUCAGCAGGAGGGUCAUCCAGGUGUGGUUUCAAAACUGCCGGGCGCGUCAUAAAAAGCACACACCGCAGCAUCCCGUGCCGCCCUCCGGGGCGCCGCCGUCCCGCCUCCCUUCCGCCCUGUCCGAAGACAUCCACUACUCCCCGUUCAGCAGCCCCGAGCGGGCGCGCAUGGUCACCCUGCACGGCUACAUUGAGAGUCAUUCUUUUCCAGUACUAGCGCCGUUGGCACUUCCGUAUCCGUCCGCGGGCGCCCCACAACUGCCCCGCAGCCGCCGGAAGCCCGUGCCCGAGCCACUGCCAGGGGCCCAACCGCUCCGCGCCCGCCCCUCGCCCACCGUCCCGCCCGCCGCCAGCUGGGCCCCCGGGCCUGGCCUUCCCUUCUCCUGCUGAGAACCAGAACCUGCCAAGAGCACUGCGGAGUCCUCCUCUCCCAAGGCAGAGCUCCCUGAAAUUUGGAAUCAGGGCGAAAACAACGGCCUGUGUUUCCACUUAGACAGGAGUCAUCUUCAACUUAAGCUGAUUACAAUAGCAAAAGGCCAAAUUGAACCGUGCAACGCCAACAGCCUUCUAAUUUACAGGUUUUCUUUCCUCCCAUAUUGGCCUUUAUUUACUACUUCCUUGCAACCAUCUCUGAAUUCUGAAUAGCCGACAACCCCCCCAAUGUUAUCCACUCUGUUGCUUUUGUCUGGAAAACUCUACAGUGUUUGUGGGAUGUCCCCAAAGGAAAGCUAUGUUCUAAUUUUAUCAUUUC